AAAUUAUUUGUCCUCUCAUUCCCGAGUUCGCCCGAUAAAACACCAGACUCGCUUGCUAAAUUAGUGUAGCUAAGGCUAUUAACAAACAAACACUUACCGUUUUAUUUAUAAAACCGACAAAAACUGUUUAAACAUUUAUUCUUAUUAUUAACAUCAAUGACACGCCAGGAAUUUCCAAACGUCUAGCGUUAAAUAUCCUUGGAACGUCGUUCCAGAUCAGUUAGAUUGCGUCACAAAUCAAUACGCACAUCAUAUAUAAGUGCACUACAUAGGGAGCAAACGUGUGUGUUUUAACAGCUGAGGAAGUGCACUAGGCGUGAACAGGAGACCCGCAUAACGGAAUCCUAAGUCUAGGUCAGUAACCACAACCACAAUCAUGGGGAAGACUGCUGACUUAACGGUAGAUCAGAAGACAAUCAUCGACACCCUCCACAAGGAGGGUAAGCCCCAGAAGUACAUCGCUAAAAAGGCAUGCUGCUCGCAGAGUGCUGUAUCGAAGCAUAUUCGUGGAAAGAUGACUGGAAGGGAAAAAUGUGGUAGGAAAAGAUGCACAAGUAACAAAGAUGACCGCAGCCUCGAGAAGAUUGUCAUGCAAAGCCGAUAUAAGAACUUGUUAGAGCUUCACAAGGAGUGGAGUGAGGCUGGAGUCAAGGCAUCAAGAGCCACCACGUACAGACGUCUUCAGGAAAUGGGCUACGCUUAUUGCAUUCCCAGUACAGAGGAGUUGAGUGAAGAUAUAAAACUUAAAGUUGAGAACAUAAAGAAAGUAGAAGCAGAUGAAGGAGAGGAAGCUGUACAGGAGAAUGUGAAUCAUCCAGGAGAAGAAGCAGCGGUCAAGGAGGAGAGCAUUGAACUGUCUCCAGAGCAGCACCAGAGUCAAGAGCUGGACUGGUGUGUUGAGCAGCUUCAACUGCGAAUGAAAGUUCAAAAAAACUCCACGAAGCAAAGAAAGGAAGCCUGUCGUGCUCUAAAGACUCUGCGCAGCUCUAAAGCACCGAUGGAGAAGAAGAGGCAAGUGAUGAGAGCCGUGUCUGAAGAUUACUACAAAAAGAUGGAGGAGGAAAAAGAGAAACAGGACAAACUCAUCCAUUUAGCGAUAUCCUCAGCGAAGGUACUGAGAGUGUUAGUGCCUUGUUGUAGAGCAGUCUACAACCAACAAGCUAAGCCUCACGCACCUCCAGCACGCAGCACAGACACGGACAAGGCGUCACUUCCUGUCAAGCUGACAGACGGGGAUGCCAUCGGUAACAGACCCUUUGCUUCAACUUCAACGUCUGAUUGUUGUUUAUAAGGGGAAAAACGCAACAGAUAUGCUGUGUGACUGUAUAAAGGUGGAGUUUAAAGAUGAAUGAACAUGAACCAAACAGACAGAUGUGACUCAUCCUGGUGAUCCCAUCGCAAGGAGGCCCUGUUUGGUCUGCGUGUGAGAACGGUUCCAAUUGAUCAUGAAGAUGGUCCUUGAUUCAGCUGAUGCGGACAGCUGUUAAACACAUUGCAUGAGUUUUGGGAUGCUUUAAAUGUGUUUAAUAUUCACUGGAUAUUCAAAGUUUCUAAUGUCAGUAAAAACAAAUUUAAUUUUAAAAA